UUCGUCCCUGCUGUUCGAAAAUUGCGUUGCGUAAAAGUACGGUUUCCUGCCUUCCACUUUUCCACUCCUAAAGCUUGCCAGUCAGUCAGCGCCGGCUUUGUUUUAUUACUCAAUCAGCUGGACUGGAGAGUCACUAGCUUGUGACCCUGGCGCCCAAACAAACAAAAUACAAAUCGCUGGCCGCUACAUUCCUUUCGCUAGCUUCGUUGUUUCCUCGCCCUAUACGGGGAAGUGCUAGUUGUUGUUAUCGCUAGUUACCCUUGACAGUUUCCGAGUUCACUGAAGAGGCAAAACCAUGGCUCCCAAUUUUAGCAAAGAGGCCAAGCAUUUGAUCAUUCACACCGGUAAUAUUCUCAACUUGAAUGAGUUGAAGAGAAAAGUUGGCCAAAACCUUUCGGAAGAGAUUGUAGAAAGUAUCAAAAUAACCCUGAAUGGAUGGAGCAGUUCAAACAAUAAUGUUGCUGGCGACUCCAAUGUGGUGAUUGGAGGACAGGAACGACUUUUAAAUGCUGAGGAAGAAAGGAAGGAUCUAAAAAUUAGCCUGAAAAUGUUCCUACCUGUUUGUGCUCCGUCCGAUGACUUGCUGAUUUCGAAGGCCCUUGACACAAUCACUAAAGAAUUGGACACGCCUCACGUUGAGACCCUGGUGUUAAGCCAAGCUCGACGCCAAGAUGAAGGCGUCGAAGGUGAGCAGCAGUUGACUCAGUUGGAGCCAUUCUGGAGACAGAUUGAAUCAGAAAUUGAGAGUGGCCGUAUUCUUAGUGCUGGUGUCAGUGACAUCGACACAGAGUCAUUUGUUGCUCUUCACACCAAUGCAAAGGUCAAGCCAGGCAUUGUACAAAUAAACUUGGCGACUUGCUGUGUUGUUCCACCUGCGCUCCAGAGCUUUGCUAAGGAAAACAAUGUACAGCUGUUGACUCACAAUGAUCCUAUAGAUUUGUUGCCAGAGGAAGCUGUGACUGAGAUUUUUGGCGAUGGAUGGAGUUUGGGUUGGGUGCUGAGGUCUCAAGUGCACGUCAAGUGCCGCGGUGUGCUGGCCAGCAAGGGAUUCAUCGUUUACCUCAAGAAAUACUAGAUUAACAGUUUAGUCGUUCCAAUUUAUUUUUUUAACAAUUUAUUAUGUUCAAGAGUAAAAUAAUUUCAAGCUAUUUUAAACUGUAUUUGUUUUAGAUUGCCUUGUAUUUUGGGAACAAGAAGUUACUCUGAUUUUAUUGUUUGAAGACAAACUGUUUAAGCUUUUUGUGUUAAAUUUACCACAGUUUAAUUACUUCGUUAAUAUAAACAAUUAUUCAGCAACAUUUAAGUGAGUAACUUAUUUAACGCAAUAAUAAACCUUGUAUUUUAGUUGUCUUGGAAAAAA